GCGCGGGCUGUUAAUGAUAGUGAAAGUGAAAGCCCUCACUUAUGGAGACAAUUCUUGGAUUUUGAUUGUCCAGUGUCUCACAAAGGAGUUAACACCAUGAAUACGACUUUAAAUACACAACAUGAAAUGUCAUCAGGGAGUCACUGUUUUUUUGACCGUUAUUCUCAUUGAGGUGACUAUAGGCCUCACCUGUCAUCGUGCUGAAUACCUCAUAGGACAGGAGUGUUGUCCUAUGUGUCCAGUCGGAACUUGGGUGAACAAACACUGCACAGACUUUCGCAGUACUUUGUGUCUCCCAUGUGACACUGGCACUUACAUGGACGAACCCACAGGGAGGACUGAGUGUCUGCCCUGUAGGAUCUGUGCUUCAGGGUCUGGUCUGAGAGUGAAGGCUCCGUGCUCCUCCACCGCCAACACUGUGUGCGAGCCUGAAGAGGGACACUUCUGUGUGGGGCCUUUAGAUGACGGCAGCUGUGAGGCCUCUCAGAGACACAAGCCCUGUCAGCCCGGAUACUACAUUAAACAGCCAGGCAGUGCCUCUGCAGACACUGAGUGCUCCCCAUGUCCUCAGGACACUUUCUCAGAUGGGACUGUGUCAGCCUGUCAGCCACACACACAGUGUGAAGAGAAGGACAAAGUCACAGAGAAAGAAGGAACCCCACAGUCUGAUACUGAAUGUGCAGAAAGACCCCAGACACCAAUCACUGAGAUCAGUGUCAGUGUCGUAAUUGGAAUCAUUGUCUUGGUUGCUGCUGUUGCUGUUCCUGUUGUAGUGAUCAAGAUAAAAAAGAAGACAUCCUAUGCAAUUUAAAAUAACAGCUGAUCGCUUUACUUUGAUCGGACUAUAUUAUGUAUAUUUUGGGGCAACAGUGGCUCAGUGGUUAGAGUGUUGGUCUCCCAACCCGAAAGUUGGAGGAUCAAGUCCUGCUCAGACCAAGUUCUGUUGUUGUGUCCUUAGGCAAGACACUUCACCCACAGUAUUGCCUAGUAUGACAGGUGAUGGUCAGAGGGGCCAAUGGCGCAGAUUGGCAGCCUCCGUCAGUCUGCCCCAGGGCAGCUGUGGCUACAAUAGUAGCUUACCAUCACCAAGUGUGGAAAUGAAUGAACAAUGACUACAGUGUAGUGCUUUGAAAAAGCGCAUUACAAGUGUAAGCCAUUAUAUAUUCUUAUUUGUCUAAUCACACUUUGUAUAAAAAAAAUAACAUAAUUAGUAAAAUUACUCUACCAUCCAAUUUUUCUGUCAUGUAUACAUCCAGAGUUCAGACAUUUUUUUUUAAUUAAUAGAAAUAAUAAAACAUCUGUGUUACCAGUUUGUCAACAUCCCCCAGUCUCCAUAAUCUUUGGUAUCCCUCACAGAGGACUGCUGCUGCCCCAUGUGUCACUAAUCUCAUCCUAUUCAAACCAUGUCCAAUUCCACAUUUGUUUCUGCUGUGUUUGGUUAAUCUAGACCAGUUAUUCCCAAAGUCUGUUAUGCCGUGCUCCCCACAUGUAUGACAAUCUCAACUUUGUGUGAAUAAGUAACUCUUGCAUCAAUCCAGAUGUGUUCCAACCUGUACUAAAGUCAGACAGGGCUUGUGGAUUGCGUGGUUACAGUGACAGGUUCUGCUGCAACUUGUGUCAGAAUGAAUGAACAUCCUGGUGCGACACAUGUGUAAUAAACAUGCUCUGACAAAUAAAAUGGCCUUUUAUAUGUAUGUAUUUUGGCAUUUCUGAGUG